AUGCCUGGAAUCAGCAUCCACAGCAAUAAUUCCGCGUUCUUCGUAACUAAUGGCACUCUUCGGGUCCCGGAUGUGACGUCAACGUUCCUCCGGUUCUUCCGUCUAUUGACGGAACUCUGGGCUCCCGGAUUUGGUGGUUGUGUACGUGGAAGAAGCCAGCUCAUGCGCAGCCGGUCGGCCUGGCCCUCGGUCUUCCCACUUGGUGCUGUCGCCGCGGCCGCCGGCUCAGGAGGGGAGAUGAGUUGGUUCAACGCCUCCCAGCUCUCCAGCUUCGCGAAGCAGGCCCUGUCCCAGGCCCAGAAGUCCAUCGACAGGGUCCUGGAUAUCCAGGAAGAAGAGCCGAGCGCCUGGGCCGAGACCAUUCCGUACGGAGACCCGGGAAUAAGUACCCCUGUCAGUGGAGGAUGGGAUUCUUCCACCUGGGGGUUAAAGUCAAACACUGAACCUCAGAGUCAGCCAGUUGCCUCUCCUAAAGCAAUUACAAAGCCAGUUCGGAGAACUGUGGUAGAUGAAUCUGAAAAUUUCUUCAGUGCCUUUCUCUCUCCAACGGAUGUCCAGACCAUUCAGAAGAGUCCAGUGGUAUCAAAACCACCAGCUAAAUCACAACGACCAGAAGAAGAAGUGAAAAGCGCUUUACAGGAAUCCUUGCACACUGGACAGUCAAGAACACCUGAAACAACUGAGUCAAAAGUAAAAGACUCUACUCCAUGUGUAUCAGGAGAAACUCGCGCUGUAGAUACUCUGUCACCUAAAACUGAGGGCAAGCAUGAAGAAACUGUUAAUAAAGAACCUCAUAUGAAGGUGUCAACUGUACAUUUGAAAGUGUCUGAAAAUGUAAUUAAUGUGAAAACAACUAGAGAAAACAUAUCUAAUAUGUCUACGGCAGACACAAAGGACGUGGCUUUGGAACCUAAGGAACAAAAACAUGAAGACCGACAGAGUAAUACACCUUCUCCUCCUGUUAGUACCUUCUCGUCUGGUACUUCUACCACCAGUGACAUUGAAGUUUUAGAUCAUGAAAGUGUAAUAAGUGAGAGCUCAGCAAGUUCGAGACAAGAGACUACAGAUUCCAAAUCAAGUCUUCACUUGAUGCAGACAUCUUUCCAGCUUCUCUCAGCAUCUGCUUGUCCUGAGUAUAAUCGUUUAGAUGAUUUCCAAAAACUCACCGAGAGCUGCUGCUCUUCUGAUGCUUUUGAAAGAAUAGACUCAUUUAGUGUACAGUCAUUGGAUAGCCGUAGUGUAAGUGAAAUCAAUUCAGAUGAUGAACUGUCAGGCAAGGGAUAUGCUUUAGUACCUAUUAUAGUUAAUCCUUCAACUCCAAAAACUAAAAUAAAUGAAUCUGUUGAAGGAAAAUCUGAGGAAGAAGUGAAUGAAACAUUAAUUGUACCCACAGAGGAAACGGAACUAGAAGAAAGUGGACGAAGUGCGACACCUGUUAAUUGUGACCAGCCUGAUAUUUUGGUUUCUGUUACACCAAUAAAUGAAGGACAUACUGUCUUAGACAAGGUGGCUGAGCAGUGCGAAGCUGCUGAAAGUAAGCCAGAAGCACAUUCUGAGAAGGAAGAUGUUUGCAAGAGACUUGAAUUUCUGAAUGAGAAACUGGAUAAAAGGGAGGCUCAGUUAUUAUCUCUUAGUAAAGAAAAAGCACUUCUAGAAGAAGCCUAUGAUAAUCUGAAAGAUGAAAUGUUUAGAGUGAAAGAAGAAAGCAGCAGCAUUUCUUCUUUGAAAGAUGAAUUUACUCAAAGAAUUGCAGAAGCAGAAAAGAAAGUUCAGCUAGCCUGCAAAGAGAGAGAUGCUGCUAAAAAGGAAAUUAAAAGUAUAAAGGAAGAACUUGCUACUAGAUUAAAUAGUAGUGAGACUUCAGACCUUUUGAAAGAGAAAGAAGAGCAGAUCCGAGGGUUAAUGGAAGAAGGAGAAAAACUUUCAAAACAGCAGCUGCAUAAUUCUAACAUUAUUAAGAAAUUAAGAGCUAAAGACAAAGAAAAUGAAAAUAUUAUUGCAAAGCUGAACAAAAAAGUUAAAGACCUAGAAGAAGAUUUGCAACAUUUAAAACAGGUCCUUGAUGGCAAAGAAGAAGUUGAGAAACAGCAUAGAGAAAGCAUUAAAAAACUAAAUUCUGUGGUGGAACGCCAAGAGAAGGAUCUUGGCCGACUGCAGGUAGACAUAGAUGAACUUGAAGAAAAGAACCGAAGUAUUCAGGCUGCUCUGGAUAGUGCAUACAAUGUAUUGGUUCCCCUCAUACAGGUUGGAGACCUUAGGCUGGCACUGCAACGUGCAGAACAAGCAGCUGCCAGAAAAGAGGAUUAUUUACGCCAUGAGAUCGGUGAACUCCAACAGAGACUCCAGGAAGCAGAGAAUCGAAACCAAGAGUUGAGUCAGAGUGUUUCAUCAACAACAAGACCAUUGCUUCGACAGAUAGAAAAUUUGCAAGCAACUCUGGGGUCCCAGACAUCAUCGUGGGAGAAGUUAGAGAAGAAUCUUUCUGAUAGACUUGGUGAAUCCCAGACUUUGUUGGCAGCAGCAGUUGAAAGAGAACGUGCAGCUACAGAAGAACUCCUUGCCAACAAAAUUCAGAUGUCCUCCAUGGAGUCACAGAAUUCACUCUUAAGACAGGAAAACAGUAGAUUUCAGGCCCAGUUAGAAUCAGAGAAAAAUAAGCUAAGAAAACUUGAGGAUGAAAAUAAUAGGUACCAGUUUGAAUUAGAAAACCUAAAAGAUGAAUACGUAAGAACGCUUGAAGAGACAAGGAAAGAAAAGACACUACUGAAUAGUCAGUUAGAAAUGGAGAAAAUGAAAGUUGAACAGGAAAGGAAGAAAGCCAUUUUCACCCAAGAAGCAAUAAAGGAAAAGGAACGGAAGCCAUUUUCUGUUUCUAGCACUCCCACCAUGUCACGUUCGAGUUCAAUAAGUGGAGUUGAUAUGGCAGGGUUACAAACAUCUUUUCUGUCUCAGGAUGAGCCUCAUGAUCACUCAUUUGGACCAAUGUCUGUAUCAGCAAAUGGAAACAAUCUUUAUGAUGCUGUGAGAAUGGGAGCAGGAUCCAGCAUUAUUGAAAAUCUACAGUCUCAGCUGAAGCUAAGGGAAGGAGAGAUUACUCAUUUACAGCUAGAAAUUGGCAACCUAGAAAAAACACGCGCAAUAAUGGCUGAAGAGCUAGUUAAAUUAACAAAUCAAAAUGAUGAACUGGAAGAGAAAGUAAAGGAGAUACCCAAACUUCGAACUCAGCUAAGAGAUUUGGAUCAAAGAUACAACACUAUUCUGCAGAUGUAUGGAGAAAAAGCAGAAGAGGCAGAAGAACUUCGAUUAGAUCUUGAAGAUGUAAAAAAUAUGUAUAAGACUCAAAUAGAUGAACUUUUAAGACAAAGGCUCAGUUAACUUCUAAAAAUUACAUUCCUAUCAAACUGAAUGUAAACAUUUAAUAUCUAAAUGUAGACUUCCAAUAAAUUCUUUUAUAGAAUUAGAAAGUGGAAUUUACUGUAGAGUUCAAAAACUGAAAAAAAAUUGUUUUAUAGUAUAUAGUAAUAUUUGCAGUUAAAUUAUUUUGUGCAAUAUUUGAACUUUAUUUUUGAAACUAUUCUUUAAAGAUUUAUUUUUUAAAGCAUCAGUGGUUUUUUUGUUUUUGUUUUUGUUUUGUUUUGUUCUGUCUUGAUAGC